CCACAAGAUCAAUUUUAUGAUACAAUCCUAUUUCGGAAAUACGAACAUAAGAAUUCAAUACCUACCGUUCACGAUCAAGCAGAGUAAAGUUGUGUCCAAUCAUUCUGGCUGGUCCAUAAAUUGAGUGCAUCAAUUUAAUCACGCGAUGACUGUCCGAAAACUUCUACUGGUACGCCUUGAACUUGAGAACUCAGUACUAUUCUUUCCUCAACUUCAGGUUGUUUUCAAUCGUAUGAACUUCUUGGAGAUGCCUCCUGCUAUAACGUUUGGCCAUAAUGCCCCCUGACCCAUCCAUUUGCUGGCUCAUUUCCUCCCCUCUACCUAGAUUCGUAUCUUAUCAGAGCAUCCGUACUGUAGCGCGUCUAGUUCCAGGGUAUUCAUUCAAUUCGCUAACAUUCGGCUCACAGUACACGAUCACGAUUCGUUGAGACGAGAUGGCAUCAUCGGUGGCGCUGUUUGUCGUGUUAGUUGCUUGGCUCGGGUCAGGCACAUUUGCCGCCAACAUUCUAUACAUUAACUCCGUUGCAUCUCCCAGCCAUUUCGGAUGGAACCGAGCGCUAAUAUACGAGCUAGCCUCCCGAGGCCACAACCUGACCGUGUUUGGAGUGAACAGUGAACCAAAUCCACCACCGAACGUAACUUUUAUUUUGCUCGAAAAUGUGUACGACGCGCUCUACAGCGAUCCAAAUAUGGACACGGAUUUCUUCGAAAUGAGCAAGAUUGGACCGUUUAGCAUGCAUCUCAUAUUUAACCAGUAUGUCCUCGGUGUGUGUGAGAUUGUACUGCGCACGGAAGGGGCCAAACGGUUGCAAGACUAUCCGCCCGAUUUUGGGUUCGAUCUUAUCAUACACGACUACCUAUCCGGACCGUGUUUGGCAGCACUGGCGCAUCAUCGGUUCGGGAAGCCACCGGUUAUAGCUGUCACGGCGUAUCACGGCAUUUCGACCACGCUUUCGAUGACCGGAUCGUAUCACUACUCAGCGCUACUGCCGAACCAUGUUUACGAUGCGACCGAAGACAUGAGCUACAAGGAGCGCUUCAUUAACCUGCUGGUGAACAUGGAGGAGGAACUGUUGCAGGUUUACGAUUUGCUCCCAAGCUCGAACCGGAUGAUCCGUCAGUACGAUCCAACCGUACCGGAUGUGGCCGAGUUUUACAGCCAAACGAAGCUGGUGCUGUUGAAUUCGAACCCCAUCAUCCAGUACACCGAACCGUUUAUGCCCAACGUGAUCCCCGUCGGCGGAAUGCAGAUCAUCAAACCGAAACCACUGCCGGAAGAUUUGGCCAGUCUGCUCGAAAAAGCCGGCCCAGGGGGUGUGAUACUGUUCUCCCUGGGUACUAAUGUACGCAGCGACCAGUUGGGUGAGGCCCGCAUCCUUGCCAUCAUCGGUGCAAUGGAAGCCCUGCCAGAGUACACAUUCCUGUGGAAGUUUGAAUCGGACACGAUGCCGCGCGCACUGCCCAGCAAUGUGCACGUGAAGAAAUGGCUGCCACAAAACGAUCUGCUAGCGCAACCGGCCGUACGACUGUUCAUCACACACAGCGGGCUGCUGAGCACACAGGAAGCGAUCUGGCACGGUGUACCGGUCAUCGGCUUUCCGGUGUUUGCUGAUCAGUUUAAAAACAUCAACUACUGCAUGGCAAAGGGCGUCGGCAAACGGCUUAGCAUUGAGCACGUUAACAAGGAUGAGCUCGUUCGUACGAUACGGGAAAUCAUGACCACGGAAAGUUAUCGCACCAACAUGAAACGCAUGUCAUCGCUGUUCCGUGACCAACCGGAGCAUCCGCUCGAUCGGGCUGCCUGGUGGGUCGAGUGGGUCCUGCGCCACCCAGACGCAACGGAAAUGCUGACGCACGGUUCCCGAUUGCACUGGUUCGUGAAAUAUUCCUACGACGUGCUGAUUCCACUAUUCGCCUCGAUCGCACUCGUGCUGCAUGGGCUGUUCUUCAUCGUUCGUCGUCUGUUUUGUCGCCGCAGAAAAGCAGCUACUUCCAAGUCGGAAAAACAAAAGCGAUCAUAAAGUUUAAUAAUUCGCAAAGCAAGCAUCCAAAGAAGUAAUAAAGCACAAAAUUUGUUUAAUAAUGUUUCACCUUGUUCUUACAUCAAUCAAUGUCUAAAACGCGACCAGCUAAUCAGCCCGUUGGCAACAAACGUUUCGGGAUUCUAAAAUUGGAAUCAAGCCCCAGUAACGAACAGUCAUUAUCUACCGGUGUAAUCAGCUAAAACCUGUGUCACUUUAUCAAACGUUCCCCCCCUUAUCAUACGUACCAGAUUUUUCUGCUUUUCUUUCCAAAAGCAACAUGCGUGGCGAGAAGCACGCAAAGCAACAAAUGGUUUUGUUUGUUUUUUAAUUAUCAUUUUCUUCUGAUUUUUCUUUAAUUCUGUAUUUUAAGUGUAAUAAUUUAUUUAGAUUGAUUUUCUUGUUUUGUAAAUUCUAUAAUUUACAGAGAUUUUUAAAUGAAAUUAAAUAUAAAAAAUAAAAAUAUUGCAUUUUCCUUUUCCGCGUGUGUCUCCUCUCUCUCUCUCUCUCUCUCUCUUCUCAUCUGUCUUCCCUAAUCUUUUGUUUUCCUCUUUUUUACACGCUGCCCUACGUGCUGUUGUAUUUUCUUAUUCGUUUUGUUUGUUUGUUUGUUUUUUCUUUAAUUAUUUGUUUACCUUAAGCAUACAAUCAUCCACCUUCGUACGGUUGCUUCCACUGUUUCUACUGUAACUACACAACUUUUCUCAUUGUUUGUUUGUUUGUUUUUUUGUUUAUUUACUAAGAGCACACGUCCUCCCUUCCUUCCGUUUGCUCUUACUAGUUUCAUUUUACACCACGUAUUGUUAUUUACUGCCUAUAUGGACAUACACCUACCUGCUUACCCAA